UCCGUUUAAGCCCGUACGUGGCAGUCAGAGAACCGUGUACACAGCAGCCGAGGCUGGUGCGGCUCCUCUCCUGUGACAAUUCACCCGGACAGACCCGACGUCCCGCUCCCCCACAAGCGACGCUCCGAAAACAGCGAGCAGACUUCUUUGGUGACGCCGUGAGACCAUUUGUUCGGUACCAUGUUCACCGCAUCGGAGCUGGUUGUCCUGCUGGCCGUGCUUUCCGCCACCGCGUCCGGCUACUUCGUUAGCAUAGACGCCCAUGCCGACGAGUGCUUCUACGAGCGGGUCAACUCGGGCACAAAGAUGGGCCUCAUGUUCGAGGUGGCCGAGGGAGGCUUCCUGGACAUUGACGUCGAGAUAACGGGGCCCGACGGCAAGCAGAUUUACAAGGGCGACCGGGAGUCCAGCGGGAAGUACUCUGUGGCGGCACACAUGGACGGAACCUACAAGUUCUGCUUCAGCAACAAGAUGUCAACCAUGACGCCCAAGAUCGUCAUGUUCACCAUCGACAUAGGGGAGGCCCCGAAGGGCCAGGACAUGGAGACGGAAGCUCAUCAAAACAAGCUGGAGGAGAUGAUCAACGAGUUGGCGGUUGCCAUGACGGCUGUGAAGCACGAGCAGGAGUACAUGGAGGUUCGCGAGAGGAUACACAGAGCGAUCAACGACAACACAAACAGCAGAGUGGUGCUGUGGUCGUUCUUUGAAGCUCUGGUUCUGGUGGCGAUGACGCUCGGACAGAUUUACUACCUGAAGAGAUUUUUCGAAGUACGGCGAGUGGUUUAGUGCGAUGAAAUGAUCCCCGGUGUCCUCCACUGAUUGCUCCCCACAUCAAGACAGUCAUUUACACUCUGGAAAACAAAACCGGCCGAUUCGAGUGAAGCCUCCAUGUGAUUAGAUCUAAGAUGUUUUGUUCACCUGUUACCUGUUUGGUUCCUUAUUUAGAAAUAUGAUUUUUUGUUUGUUUGGAACGGAUUCUGCGAUAAAUGUAUUGGUUUCUCUUUUUUUGUUUGUUCCAUAAUUAUUACAUACAAAUUGUGUGAAUGCCCGGGAGGUUCAUACUUAUGUAAAAGCCCUCAGAUGAAUAAGGAAAACCCACACGAAUCGGUCUACAUGUGUGGAGUUUGCACAAGAGAACGCAUAGAUUUCCAUGGGACCCUUUCAAACGAUAAAAGUAAAACGAAGCAUGGGAUCAUAUUUUGUUUUCAAGUUUGUUUGUUUUUUAUCUCAUCUCCCAAGCCGAGUCAGAACGUGCUGAUGGAUAUGUGAUAUCUGCACAAAUCGCACUCCUGCUGGCUUUUACUGAAGGAUUUACACAGUAGCUGAUCUUUUAGGGGAAACUGUACAGCUUCUAGCUCCGUCUUUUGAUUCACAGUGAUCCACGCUGCGGGGGGGUUUGGGGGGAGGAGACUUAUUUUCUGUACGUAGUUCAGAAACAUUUGCGUGGUUUCUUGGCUCAAGAAUCCACCCGUUGAUUUGACUUUUACACUUUAAUUUGACAACUUCCUCUUAGCAGAGAGACCUCGUAGAGUCGAGGCAGAGUUUGAUUUUAAAACUCCAAAUGAAAGUGUAGAGGAAUACUGAAAUGCAUGUUACAUGUUGAUCGGCCCUGGGUGGGAAUGUGGUUGGGGGGGGGGGGGGGGUUCUGAUGCAUAAUGACUGCUGUGUGCUUUAGUUGCUUCUACUAUAGUUUGUUGGGCUUAGGGAUUUUAAAUUAUGAUUGUAUACAGUUUUUUGUUUUUCCUUUCCUGGAGCAUAUCCUGUCACAUGCAACUGUUUGGAUGAGGCCUUUCAAAUAGCUUCUACUGUACCAGUCUCUUUCCAAAUCGGGUGCAAAAAGAAAACUUUCUUCCUCUGGCACAGCUGGAACAUCGCAGGUGUUGCAUGUUGCUGAAUAUGUUCCAGUUUUGUAUUAAAAAAACUUCUGGCAGGUAAACUGCUCCGUACACAGCCUCUCGUUUUUUGUGAUUACAAGCUACUAAAUCUGAUUAAAAAUGGAACCGUACAAAUGUAGAAUGGUUGUCAGGAAAAAGCCCCAAGUUUCAUAAUAAAGCCAAUAUUCUCUACAUUUA